UGGGGGCGGAUGAAGAGCUGGGCUGUUGCUCGAAUUGCAGGUGAUGUAGGGAGAGUUGACGUACUCUCUCUCUCUCUCUCUCUUCUCUCUCUCUAUCUCUCUGGCCGUGAUGAGCCGGCCAGGUGGGACACGCCGGACCCGUGGCGGUGGCCGUGCCUCUCUUUGUCUGUCUCCCUUAUCUCUCUCUCUGCCCGUCGGAGCGGGCCCGGCUGCCGUGGGCACUAAUACCAACAACGAAUGAUCUCUGGGGAGGACAUGGUGCCAUUUGUUUUGUGAUUAAACCGACUCCCAACCAAACACUGUCUUUCAUUCUUUUUCUGUAUUCCGACUGCAAGUAUCGUGUCCCUCUGAUCUCUGAUCUCUGCUCUCUGCUCUCUGCGACGGACGACCGAGGAUGAUGAUGGACAUUUCGCCGCCGCUGCUCAACUCUGCGAACCCGUGGGCGACGACGCUGUCGGACCUGCGGGAGCUGUGGGCGUGCCCGCACACGGGGGCCGUCACGACGCGCACCGCCCUGCUCGGCGGUUUUGCCCACGACGGCCAGCGGCACCGCUUCUGCCUGUUUGACGCCGCCCGGUUUGGCAGUGUCAGUGCCAGUUCGGACCGCGAGAGGGUCUCGGCUGCUGCUGGUGAGAGUAGUAGCAGUGGUAGCAGUACCAUCGAGUCCGGCGGGAUGAACGCGAGUCUGAACACCCUGGGCUACAGCUACCACACCCUCGACGAGUACCUCGGCUUCAUUGCCGACAUUGUCACCACCACAGAGCCCAAGCCAUCAUCGUCAUCAUCAUCACCACCAUUGCCCGGCAGCAAAAAGUCCAAAUGGUUCAUCGUCUCCGUCACCGGCUCCCCGAGUGACGUUGCAGAGUGCUACCGCCGCAUCGCAAGGUUACAGGACAAGCUGAGCCCUUCUUCCUCGUCCGCACGCCUCGCCAUGGAAGUCAACCUCUCGUGCCCAAACAUCCCCGACAAGCCCCCGCCCGCGUACUCGGGCGACGCCCUGCGCGAGUACAUUUCCGCCGUCGCCGCCGUCACCGCAGAGCUCGAGGGCAGCCCAGCUUCGCCGCCGCCGCCGCCGCCGUGGGGGGUCAAGACGCCGCCCUACACCUUUGCCGGGCAGUUUGCGCAGCUCAUGUCGGCCCUGCGCGUCGGUGAUGGCAAUGGCGAUGCCAAGUCCCCAGUCAGCUUCGUCACGGCGACAAACACGCUCGGCUCGUGCCUCGUGCUGGGGUCUCCACAGACAUCAUCACAGACAACAUCAUCACCGGCCCUCCCCGGCGCAGGCAUCGGCGGCAUGGCCGGCGCGCCCCUCCACCCGCUCGCCCUAGGCAACGUCGCCACCCUGCGCAGGCUGCUCGACGAGCACCCCAGCACCCGCCACGUCGGCGUCAUCGGCAUCGGCGGUGUCGAGGACGCGGCGGGCUACCGCCGGAUGCGCAGCGUCGGGGCCUCGGCCGUGGGCGUGGGCACUGCGCUCGGGGCCAAAGGUCUGGCCGUGUUUGAGGAGAUACGGCGUGGCUUGGCGCUGGAGGAGGAGCAGCAGCAGCAGGGCAAGGGCGGUUUGGCCAGGGGAUUAAAGGGGAAGCUGUGAAGCUUUUUUUUUCUUUUUUCUUGGUAGUGGAGAGAGUGUUGCUUUUUAUAUGUAAAUAUAUAUACAUCUAUACAACAUUAUACCAAUAUUAACGGA